CGCAACGGGGUUGCUCCGAAAACUAGAGUGCCAACAUUUAAUUAUCGACGUAUUUCGGUCCCGUAUUCGUAGGGCAUAAGAUCUUGAUCUUAGCCUCGAAUCUGUGCAAAAAUCGCGAGCACGCCCGACGCUUCACCAAUGCAAGAAGCCAAGGCAUCAGAGCUGAGCGGGUCUCAAGGCUCAGGCUCCGGCUCAGAAGCCCAAACAAUGGCACCAGAACAAGCUUCGUUGCAGAAGAUCAAGGACCUCUUAAAGACCAAAGACGAUACAUCAAGAUUCGUUGGCCUGGCGCUUCUCAAAUCAGUGUUGGACAACACCCCAGAGCUUCAGCAGGAUGGUAUCGUCAUACGGCAGCUGUGGGGGUUCAUCCCGGGCAAGUUCUUGGACCGCCUACUCAGAUCUGGGUCAUCACCAUCACCCUCACCAAAUUCAAAGAACAUGUUGGACCUUGCGGUAGCCGUGAUCCAUGCCUUCACGCUUCUCCUUCCAGAAGAAUCCAAAUCCGAUGAGAAACUCGUAGCAAGAAUACCAAUGCUCUGCAAUGCUAUCCUACAAAGCUCUGAAAAUACCACAGUUCUCAUCUUACAAGCUCUGUUGACGCUUGUUAGCCAUCCUCAAGGUGCUCAAACGUUGGCUCAGAUCGAGGAUCUGAGCAACCUUGUGGAAAUCGCACCGACCCAGCCCCUUGUUUUGAAUGUGCUCUCUUUUGCAUUUCUUGGCUCAAUGGCUACCGCCAACACUAUCGAGGCUAGGUCUGCAUUUGCUCACAAGGUUGAGCAAGUGCUUGCUGACCUUGUGCGCUCUUACACGGGUACAGAUGGCGUUACUCUCUUAGACUUUCUCGCAGACUUUCUGAGGCGGCUGGACGAUCAUUUUCUUCCCAGCAACCCGCCUUGGCUUUCCACUCUUGUGGGUUACAUUCGCAACCUGACCUCGAGUCGCCCUACUCAUGCAGCGAGGUCUGCCUACGUGAAUUUGGCCGCUACUCUUGUUCAUGUCUAUCCAAUCCAAGCCCCGAACCUUUUAUUCGCGGAUGCCAAGGGCGAUUCCGAGAAACCCUUCUCAUACAUGUUUAUCAAUCUACUACUCAUCGACCUCCGGGCAUCGUUUCCAGCGUUGCUUGAGCAGCUAAACAGCCCCGGAUAUCAAAAUACAGCCCGGCGCCUAGCGUCGGAUUUUGAUGUGGUCUCAUGUUACAUUGGUUUCCUAAUGAGAUCCUUGAUCGGCGAUGACUUGGACGAAGGACCUCAAACACAUCUCUCUAUACCACCCGACCUGCUCCUGAAGCUCAGGAAAGCCAUGUCAGAGACCAUGUCCGUUACCAUCGAGUUUUUGCGGGACCGUUGGGAUGCUUCUGUAGCAGGGGCAAUGGGCUUGCACCCCGAUGCCCGUGCCGGCGAGGCCAAGACCUCCAAGGGUUCCCGACUGACCAUUGCAUGGGAUUCGAUGAAGGCCAAAGUUGGCGAAGACAUCCUUGUGCUUUCGGCAAUACGGUGCCUGGCCAUAUGGCUUAGAGAGGACGACAACGAACUCUUGAGAAAGGAAGCAAUGGGACUUCUUGACAUGUUCCUGGACCUUUACAAGAUCAGCAGCCUGGGUGGGUUGGAUUUCCGUCGCCCAGUUCUUGUGGCUUUAGAGGGAAUCAUGACGCUUGAAGAGGCACCCGAGGCUCUGCUAAGCCAAGACGGCUGGAAGGUGUUGACCGGGGACCUUCUCUCAAUACCGAGCUCGGGAGGCACCGACGAUGAUUUCAGUAGAGGUACUGACAUCGUCAGGAUCAUGCUCCCUAUCGCCGAGAACGAACGCCCGGGAAGCAGAGAAGAGUGGCUAGACCUAACAACUGCAGUGGCUGCUUGGAAUGUCCUUGGUAAACAACUACCGACAGCGGCGCUUGAGUUUUACGUUGCUGCCCUGCAGCUUGUUACCAGCAUUCUGGCCAACGCACAUCCAUCUAUCCAAAGACGUUACAAACACACAGUCAAUGCAAUCAGCGGGCUAGCUACUCAGUUAAGGUGUCAAAGUGGCCGCAAACAUGACGAUCUCAACGAGUCGCUGCAAGAUGUUCUUGACACAAUCGCUGCGAUGGGAUGAACUCAGGGAUUAGCCUGGAUUCUUUCAUAGCCUGGGAAUGUCAUGCAAAGUCAGGGAACCUUGAAUCCUUUGGGUUGGCCUGACGAAAUUUGGCUGUUUUCGGUUGUAAGCGUUCGUCGCAAUAUUGUGGCUUGUUAGCAACUCCGCACUCCUCAUGACCUGCCUGACUUGACAUGGCCAAAAGAGGAUCUCAAUGACUUGUAGCAGGUCCAUCGCAUUAGAUGUGCAAGGAUUUGCUAAAUCCAGCUCUUUGCAUCCUAUUUUACGCACCAUGCUAGGGGCAGGCAGAUGAGGCAGCCAGUCAAAUAUGAAGGCAGACUUUUGGAAUAUAUUUGUACAACACACCUGGGAAAGCGCUACUGCAGGAAUCCGGCUGGGCGAGUUCGAGAAAUGCUUCUAGACGCACUGUCGCUUAUGAUUUAUCGUGCGAGUGGUGUGGGUGUGUUGGUGGCACAAACCUCACUCGCUUCAUGAGACGACGUACCUCUGUCAUCAUCCCAAAUUCUAUCAGUGUAAUGUCAUAUAUCUCGUUGCGGCUCCAACGGGAUUUUGAAAAGAGAAGAUAACGAAGUGGCGCUUUCCUUUCGGACGCCAAUAGCGCAAAAGCAUUUCAUUGUAGAAGCGUUAGACCAUGUCGUCAUACUGGCUGCUUCCGACUGAGAAUGUAUCGAGUUGCUUUCGCACGACUGGGCGACCAAUGGGCAGACUGUCCACUACGAAGCGGCAUGGUGCGUGCGACCAACGGGCGCGGCUGGUUACUAUUACGGAUAGUUUCCGCGCGUGAAAAUCGUGCCGGUAUACAGAUGAUACAUGUACGGUACCUAGCCACAGUUGUCUUGAGGAAGGGGGGAAGAAUAAACGGGGUGACAAACGAGAAGGGGACCAAGGGAGGAAAGUUACUUUUUUGGGACUCGUUGGUUACAGAUUUGGUCUUCUUUAGAAAUGAACCUGUCAAGCUGACACCCAGCAGCCUCCGUUACAAAGAAAAAAUAAAUUGCACAGAAAAUUGCAAUAUGAUGUGGUCCAACGU